AAAUGAUGGUUAAGCCACUUGGUCGCACUGAUCUGGAGAAGGACACUGUGGUCAUGGUGGAUGCACUAUCUGCCCGUUGAGGUAGAGGCAGGAGGCAAAUAAGAAGGUAGGCAGGGUAAAAAAAGUGAAAAGGAUGAAAAUCAUGUAUAGGCGGCACCAGAAAGAAUACACCAAUCCCAGUCGCCGUUUUUAUCGCAGAUACCACAGGCAGGAGAAGACCGUGUGUUAUGAUCACCGGGUGUGCCGCCGAAUGUAGGUACAGGAGGUGUUUGGAUGGACAUUCUGAAAACAAAGGAUCAGACGAGGAGACGAAGGAGUUUUUUUUGGUACGGACCAAUGCAAUGCCCCAGAGACGACGGAAGAUUCACAUGGCCAGCCCGAGCCUACGCAACAGUUUAUUUCGUCCUUAGCAAAUGCAUAGAAGCAUGGACGUGGCUCAGAGGAUGACUCGGACUGGGAGAAUGAAUAUGGUUGCUCUAUGGAGGCAGAUAUAGACACAGACGGCGAUGGCUUCGAUGAAGAAGAUAGCUCAGGCAUAUACGAGGAAUAUACCACUUGUGACAAUGACGAGGAUCGGGCAGAAGAAUCUUUAAAACCAAGUGGAUCAUCUCAAGCUCUUGUAAGAUGUGGUCCGACGGGACCACGAGGGCGACUUCCUUUAGCCCCAAGUCCAAUCGAUAGUAUUCUCAAAGACGAGUCGGUGUUGGAGGGUGAGAAGGUGGUGCGAGAAUGGAAACGGCUGACCAACGAAACCCACAAAACAGAAAGAGAGCCAUGAGGACACUCUCACUCCCCUUGUAACGUGCGGUAGAAAAGAGGGAUCUCUCCAUGUCCGCGGUCAAUUUUCUAAGGACUCAAAAAGAGGUAAGGCAACAGGCGGAUAGGAGGUGCUCAGUCAAACGGGAUACUCUUGAGAGAGUACUACUAGUGCAAUGCUGCUGGACGACUCAGCCAAAGGGAACAUGUUUUAACCGUGAUCCAUCCGUCUGAUCAAUCCAAUUACUAGCCCGGGACUACCGUCCACACACUGGCAACGCCCCUUGAGCAAUUAACCCACCCAUCCAAGAGAAGAAUUCACCGAGUCUGGCGAAGGUUAGGAUCCUGUUUUAACAUGUUAAGGAAUGAAAUACAUGAUUGUCUUUAGCAUGCAUUCGGAUUGAUAGACUGCGUACGCUUAUUGAUGUACUACGGGAUAACUUAGAUCGAACUUGGAUGUACUUGUAUCU